AUGAAGGACAGGCACCUCGAGCUGCUUGCAACACAACAACAGGCCAUGUCCCACGUCCAGCCGCGCGAAGACCCAAUCGACGACUUUGACAUCGAGAUCGACUCGCCCAAGAGACAAGAAGACGAAUCAAUGGCUGAAGCAAACCCCGAACCCGUCCACAACGACUACGCUGUUGAGGACACUCCCGAGCCAGAGACAACUCAGACCCGCCCAACCCACACACCAGUUCGCAGCCACUCCAGCACGCCAAUCGCCCACGACUCUCCCCAAAACACCACAACUCCCCUGCCUCCCCCUACAACCACCACAAAGCAAACCCUCCGCGUGCCCAUAAACUUCAACGACGACGAAGAAGACCCCUCCUCAACCAGCGACAAGGAAAACUCUCUACCUCUGCUCCAACCACCACGUACACCCAUUCCUUCAUCCCGCACCGUCAGCGCUCCGCCUCACCAUCUCAAAACUCCCAUGACAAUUNNUUCUUGCUCGACGCCAGCAAUGCACCCCAAUAUUCCCGAUUUCCUCAACACGCCUAUUGAUAGAGAGGCUGCACUUGCUGCUAUCAAGGAGAGAAGGGGUAGAGCAAGGAGUAAUGGGGCUGCUGGCAUGGCUACACCGAGACGAUUGGGCAGAGAUGCUUCUGCGCCGCCUGGAGCCGGAGGUGUUGGAUCUAGAUCUAAGAGUCGUGGUCCUUAG